AUGGAACAAGCCGAGUCCGCCGCAGAAGCAGCACACAAAGCACACACAUCGCCUCACCAGGAGACAGCCUGCUUCGAGCCGAAUUUACUUGAAAAAGAGAAACAAAAUCAACCCUUACGCCGGGACUUCGCUACGCUUCUGGAAGCCCGUGUGGAAAAACUUGGGGCUUCAUACAGCCCAAGCUGGCGAUAUCUUCGCGGCGUGGCGGCGCCGCACCCUCAGAUCCAAAAGGCACGUCCCUCGCCACAGCCGCGAUCGACUUCGCCCUGUCGGCACGCAUCGCUUUGUCAGAGGAGCAGGAGUACGCCAGGCUGGCAGCAAAGCACCCGCUGGCACAACACAUCACAAACAUCAUCACAACCAGAAGCACCAGCAGCACUGCAGACCGUGGGGUGA